AUGGCCCUUACAGAAGCUGUCGCAAUUGACCGCUCUCAACAAAUUAGAGCGGCGCUACUCGCCGUCAUUGAUAUAUUCGAUAAAUUCUCGAUAGACUUCGACACUGUACAUGGCUCCAACCCGCUUACAGACCUCCACACGGGUGCUAAAGAACUACUCGCCAGUAUUCCUGCUGAACCGCUGAGCUCGCCAUUAGCAAUUCAACCUUUUCAUAGAUCUCCCUAUAAGGAAGUCACCGCAAGCCAAAGCAAUUGCGAACAGUGUCGAGCCACUGAGCCGAGCCUCACGGGAGAUGGAGCACCGAGCUGCGGCCAUGACUUAGUUCCACUAAGUCUCAUUCCUAACGCCAGUAUCUUUGAAGACAUGACCAGCGACUCUCGUUCUAUCGACGCACGCAAUAACGAGAAUAACCAUGGAUCAGCCGCUGUAUACACGUGUACGAGUCCCACCGCGUGUACGAGUCCUAUUACGAGCACGAGUCCUACCGCGAGCACGAGUCCUACCGCCAAAUACGGAAUAUCUAUUGCAGGACGUCAACGGUGUCAGCAAUGA